AAGACACAGAAAGGGGAGGGAGAGAGACAGAGACAGAGAGAGGCACAGAGAGGAGGGCUUAAUGCUCCAUUCCCGCCAGGUCAAAGACUGAAGCUCCACACAUCUCCAGCCAGUACAGUCUUCGUUUCUCCAGGAUAGUCCUCCACCAGAGGGGUCUACCCUCGCUCCAGCUUGUCCACUGGCACUCUCUACCCAGGCAAGACCAUGUCGCAUGAUGUCAACACAACCGAUUACCCUCACACACUGUGGUUCUACGAGUGCACCUUUGACCUGGACAGGGAUGCACGGCGCAUUGCCCUCUUCCUCCUCUACCUGUUCCUAUUCAUGGUGGGUUUGGUCGAGAACAGUUUGGUGGUUUGGGUGAACUGGCGGCGACGCCACUCGGCCAGUGGUGUGCUCUUCUGCGUCAUCAACGUCAGCCUGUCUGACCUGAUGGUGAUGUUCACCAUGCCCUUCUUCAUGCUAGAGGUGACCAUGGACAAGGUUUGGCUUUGGGGCCGCUUCCUGUGCAAGGUGACCCACCUUAUCUAUGUCAUCAACUUCUACAGCAGCUCCUUCUUCCUGGCCUUCAUGACCCUGGAGAGGUACCUGUCCUUGGCACGACCAAAUGCACUGCCCUUAUUCCCACUGCAGCCCAGGCACAGACGCUGGCUGCUUUGUGGCGGGCUGUGGCUGCUGUCCGUGGUGCUGGCACUCCUGGAGAACGUGCAUGUAGACCUGCUGGAGUGGGACGAACCUGGCUGCUACAUGGUGCCCGAACACAAUUACACCGAAUGGUUCGUAUCCGUGGCUUUCCUGAUUCUGAUCUUCCAGUUCCUGGGACCUGCAUCCAUCAUUAUAACCUGCAACAUACUGAUUGCCAAAGCUGCCCGGACAUCACCAGACGUCCAGGGCCGCCGGGACCUGUGGCUAGUGCAUGUCUACUCACUGGUGUUUGUGGCUUGCUGGCUGCCCUACCACUUGGUGAUGUUCCUAUUGAUGGUGGAUGACUUGAACCCACACCUGAUGUCCUGCAAUGCAGUGGAGGUGCUAUACUUUUCCUUCAGUGUAGUGCAGUGCCUUUCGCUUUUCCACUGUAUCGCCAACCCCAUUCUCUACAACUUCUUGAGCAAAAGCUUCCGCACCAAUCUUAUCAACGGCAUAAUUUCCCACAUCUCUCCUCUACCACCCACUGGUGCCAGUGCCCCAGCCAACGGCACGGGGGCAGCAGCGCCAGGAAAGGAGCGAAAGAUCAGCAAUGCCAGCACCAGCCACUCAGAAAUAGGAUCCUAAAGAAUUGAAAUCCCAGCAGCGCACCGUAGAGUCCCCCAGGAGAAGCGAGGAAGGAAACACUUAGAGGUUUCUCCCAAUGUGCUGCUGUGAAUAAAAAUAAAUUCUCAAUGUUUUCUCAAAAUGUCCCUGUAAAAGACACUUAGUAACACCUUUGGACACUCAAAGCAUCUCACCAUAUUUCUCAUCCUUCUUCAUGUGUUUUAAAAAACACAAAUGAAAGGGUUAGGAAAAUGUCCCCUUCAAAAAGGUCUAAUUUGUCAGCACAAGAACAAACAGUAAAUGACAAAGAACGUUUAAAGACGCGAAAUUGUUUGUUUUUAUUGCUUGUAAACACUGUAGUCAAAAGACCUAGCUGGAGUUGUAAUCUUAUGUAAACAAAUACCACUUUAGGCAUCCCCAAUUGUCAUUUCAAGAGAGGAAGGAAGAAAACUGACUGUAUCAGACUCCCACAGGAAGCAAUGAUAACAUCUAGGAACAUGCCACACUUCAAAGGAAACUAUUAGCAAAGUACGAUCUGUACACUGGAAAAAAUGUAACUUGGUCCUGCUGCUAGAAUUUUCUGUAAGCUUUUUUUUUUUUAUCACAAUACCUUCAUAUUCACAAUACAAGUCCAUCUCUAUUUAAAGUUGGCCAACAGAAUUUUAGUCCACAUUGGUCCAUGAUAAUUGCUUUUAUGAUCACUACUCAGUGGUCAUUUAUCAUCAAAAGCAUUUAAAACCUAUAAGAUUCAUUAGCUACAAACUAUAGUUCUACAGUUGCACCAGACUAUUUUUUUAAACAUAACAUCAGAUGUCCCACUGAAUGUGUACAUACUGUAACAGAUGUUGAUGUUAUAUACAUGCAUUAAAAAAAUUAAGACUUGUGACUCA